UCGUGUUUUCUAUGAAAAAGACGUCGGGUUCCACCCCCCUUUCAGUCAGCUUUGGGAUGGGUACCAUUCUCCAGAACGGGACCUUCAGAUCCCCGGACGCGGUCUCCACCGGGGACCGGGAGCGGAGGAAGAAGAAGGCGGCGCGCAGCAGCAGCAGCAGGCCCGCCGGGUUCGGGCGGCAACCUCACGCGCUGCCGGUACCGGAGAGGAACGAGGAGGUGAGCGAGCUGCAGCCGACCACCGGACACCGGUUAUGAGCAGCGAUGAUCUAGUUGUCAAGCACAAAAUUACUCGCUGUAGCUUCAUUAGUGUGUGUGUGUGUGUGUGUGUGUGUGUGUGUGUGUGUGUGUGUGUGUGUGUGUGUGUGUGUGUGUUCUCUGCUUUAACGCGAUCACUACAUUGAACUACGGUUAACUCAGCAGGGACUUGAAUUGUAGCGCAGCUAAACAGUACAAAUAGUUCAUUUUGUGUAUAAUAGUAGUCAGAGAGGUCCUUAACACGUGUUAUUCUUUGUGUGGAAUCACUGAGAAAAGUAAUUUUAUUGCAGGUCAAAUGGUCUUUUUGAAUUUGCAAUUACGGGGCUUUUAAUCUCUAAAUUUGUACAGUUAAGAUAUUUUAUUUUCACUAUCAUAGUAGUCCGAGAGGUCCUUCACAUACUUUAAUCAUUGUCCAGAAUUUUUGAUUAAAUAGCUUUUAUUCCUGUCAGCAUUUAUGUACAUCAUUCAAGCGCCUGCUGAGUUGACCGCAGUAAUAUUGAAUACGUUUAAUAGUUUAGCGGUAAAUAACUGUUUUAAAUACAUCACAUUACAUUACUGUGAAGCAGUACUAGGUGCAUCAAAUGCUAAACAAUGAAGCUAUCAAAAACGUGUUGCUACAUUGUUGUUAAAUAUUUAACAUUUAACACAAACACUUUUUGCAACCAUUUAAUGUGAGUGAACAUAUUGGGAGUGCGGAGGAGUGACAGCGAAUCCACAAAGUCAUGUUUACUGAGAAGCUGCAGCAGAGAAGAAAGCAGAAACCUAGAACCCCGUCGACCAAACGUCUCACUGCUCAACACAGUUCUCAGGGAACCUCGGAACCCGAGUCGGCUGCUCAGCACUGCGACCGAGGGAGCAGACGUUUGCCGGCCUUUCCCCGUCACCGCCUGCCUCGUUCGAGCCGUGACCCACAUCGGACGGCGUCCCCGAACCCGGACGCGGGGAGCCAGAGCGGCCGCGCAGGGGGCGACAGUGACACCGACUUGUCUGAGUCGGAGAGGCUUCCUGUGUCGCCCUGUUCUCGGGUUCCUCCACGGCUCCAGCUGAGGCCGGAGCUCAUCCAGGGUGACGGCCGCCCCUCUUGCGGGCCGUCAAGGAACAACCGCGGGUCUUCGGACUUCCCCGAUUUCCUCCCUCCGCCUUUCAACUCCUGGAGCCUCGGCCAGCUGGCUGUCUUCUACAACACGGAGGGUCGCGGGGCCCCUCGGCCCAGGCCCGUGGGCCCUUUGGAAAGGUACAUGGAGAGGAUGCUGCAGCUGGAGUGGCGGCAGAUUCGCACUGUCCAGGAGGAGGGCGGGACGCCGGCGGCGUCGGAUGCCGUAUCCAGCUGCCACGGGACGGCCGGCGCCGCCGCCGCCUCGUCGCGCCUCAGCUCUCCGAAGUGCAUCCUUCAGUGUCAGCGUUCCUUCCCCCUCACCUUCCUCUCCUCCCUGGCCAGCCACUGCGCCCUGCUCUCCGGCUGCGCCUGCACGCUCUGCCGCAUCCGAUACGCCGCCUGCUGCACGACGCCGUCGUCCAGACCGAGUCCCGCGCCAGAGCGCGGCGGUGGCAGGGGCCCCGCGUCGCUGCCCAAACGGAGCUACAGCGAGAGCCGGGUGCACUCAGCGGACAGGGGCUCCGCGUCCCGGGCUCAGAGGUCCGGCAGCCCCACGCGGACCAACAGCCACCUGAGGAGAAUGCAGGCGUCGGGUAACAUCCGUAACCCCGUCCACGGCGCCAACGCCAAGCCUCAGGCCAGUGGCGGGGACCUUUUGGGAGCACGGGGGGGCGUGUCGGACCGGCGGCCCGGCGGGUUUCGGAGGAGGAGCGGCUCUGAGCAGAGACGAGGCGGAGUCGGGGGACAACAAGGCGCUCCUGAGGAAAGACGAAGCGGCUCCGAGUGCAGAGGAGAGGCAGCCGAGCGGAGGAGGGCGGCCGGGCUCGGGGAGCGGGACGUCACACCUGAUGCCGUCGACGCAAUAACGGAUAAUUUACCCAGGUGCAAGAAUUACCCGAUAAACAGAGCGAACAGACCGAAACAGGUUGAAUUUGUAACCUAACAGCAAGUUGCGGGCCGUUGUGUAUUUCUUUAUGCCACAUGAACAGACGUUUAUUAUUUGAUUAUUGAACAGACUGACAAAAAGCAGUAAAGUUACUUUUCUUUCUACAGUGGAUCUUUUGCUUUGUCAGAUGUUUUAUUAUCUUAACUAUUUAUAGCUGAAUGAUUACGUUUAAUCCAAUGCUGUGAUUACAGUCCAAUAAGCUAAUAUGACUAUGGAUGUUUACAUUUGUUAUUGAUGUUUACAUCUAUUAUUGAUCGUAUAGAUCCUUUGAGAAUGUGGAUGUCUAUUGUAGUUUUGAAUUUAAAGCAACCCAGGGAGCCUUCGUCAGCACAGUACACAAUGAAUCUAAUUGUUUGUUAAACUGCAUAAUAAAAGUUAUCCUUGGUUACAAAGA